UGGUAAGAGGAAAUGCUGGGCCACUGGCCAGUGAGGAGGAAUUACGUUUUUCACCUGCUACAGAGCUCUGCACCAUUCAAUGUGUAGAAUCAAUAUGGAGUCACUACCUAGUAGCUCCUUUGUUGGGACUCGACGGUCAGUCUGACAGGAGUAAACUGCCUUCACCUAUGGCCAAUCUGGAGAGAAAUAACAAAAUCCUGUUCGAUUUGGUGCGGCAGCCCGGCAACAACUUGUGCGCUGACUGUGGAGCUCCUGAGCCUGACUGGGCCUCCUACACUCUCGGGGUUUUUGUGUGCCUGAGCUGCUCAGGGUUGCAUCGUAAUUUGCCUGCUGUCAGCAGAGUGAAAUCCAUACGUCUGGAUCGCUGGGAAGAUUCACUAGUGGAGUUCAUGCAGGAGAGGGGAAAUUCUGCAGCCAAAGCCGUUUAUGAGAAGUGUGUGCCUGCCUUCUUCUACCGGCCACAGGAGAAAGACUGCGUUGUGCUUAAGGAUCAGUGGAUCCGUGCAAAGUAUGAAAGAAGAGAAUUCACGGGAGAAAACUGCUUUCAGCAAGCUUACAGUGCUGACCUGUUUGAGUCAACGGUAUGGAAGAAGGGCAAAGACAACAAGCAGUUUCUGAAGAGGAUCUUCCUGCUGUCCAGGAAGGACUUCACCCUCAGAUACUUCAUUAAAGAGGAUGCCAAGGUUCCCAAAGCUGUCAUCUCCAUGAAGGAUCUGAAUGCAGGUUUCCAGCCGGAGAAGAUCAGUCACGCUCACGGUCUGCAGAUCUCCUACCUGCACGACGAACGGAUGAGGAAUCUGUUUGUUUAUCACGAGAACGGACAGGUCAUCGUAUCCUUGUUCAAUGCUAUCAGGGCGACACGCUUGGCAUACCUCCAGAAGAAACACCCCACUCUUCGUGAUAAUGAAUUAAUACCUCAGAUAACAACACAUUGCCUGAAGGAGGGCUACAUGGAGAAAACUGGCCCGACGCAACGGGAGCCAUUCAAGAAGAGGUGGUUCACUCUGUGCUCCGUAAACAGAAAGCUCCUCUAUUUUAAGACCCCACUGGAUGCCACAGAGCUGGGUGCCGUCUUCAUCGGCACAGAGAGCCAUGGCUACUCUGUUUCGGACAGCAGUGGGCGGUGCACGAGGGGAAGCCGCUGGCACUGGGGCAUCACGCUGCAGACUCCAGGCAGGCAGUUUGUGUUUAUGUGUGAGCAGGAGCAGGAGCAGAGGGAGUGGCUGGAGGCCUUCAGAAAGGUCAUCUCUCAACCCAUGACCCCAGAGGACUACGCGAAUGAAGCCAACUUGAGAAGGGGGAAGUGACUGGAAGAGCCUUACCUGCUGGUUUGCAGGAGUCCAGGAUGCAAUAAGUAUCCUUUUGGGACAUAGCAGACUGAAAGCCUGACUCCCACAAGAUGCUCCUGAACCUGUCAGUGGAAAGUGGACACUAACUCUCUGUUUAACUGGCAGGACUGCGUGACACCACUGACGAAUGACCAGCUCUGACAGUGUCUGGGAUUACAAUGUGACAUUUUGGAGAAGCAAUAUCUCUUGAAUUUAGUGUCAUUGCCACAAUGACACCACAUAAAAGAAUUCUUCGUAAUGCAUUAUGAAUACACUGGAACCCAAUAUUGUAUUUAUUAAGAAUAAGGACUAGAUUUUUUUUUACAUAAUUCUAGGUUUUUGUACUGUAUGUUGUAUGCUACACGUUUAACUCAAUUUGCACAUUUUGAAAAGAUUCAUUUUAUCUUUCUCACACACUUUCAUUUUAGCUGUCUGUAUGUACCUCUGUGAAUCUGAACACUCUUUAUGAUUUUAAUAAA